AUGAAGUGGCUGCUGCUCCUCGGCCUGGUGGUGCUCUCCGAGUGCACCAUCUACAAGGUCCCGCUUGUCAGAAAGAAGUCCUUGAGGCAAAGCCUGGCCGAGAAUGGUCUCCUGAAGGACUUCCUGAAGAACCACCAUGUCAACCUAGCCAGCAAGUACUUCCCCAAUGAGGCCACCACCCUGCUGUCCGCCCAGCCUCUGGAGAACUACAUGGACACAGAGUACUUUGGCACCAUCGGCAUCGGAACCCCCGCCCAGGAGUUCACCGUCAUCUUUGAUACCGGCUCCUCCAACCUGUGGGUGCCCUCCGUCUACUGCUCCAGUCCUGCCUGCAGCAACCACAACCGCUUCAACCCUCAGUCAUCCUCCACCUAUCAGGCCACCAGCCAGACCGUCUCCAUCGCCUAUGGCACCGGCAGCAUGACUGGCAUCCUUGGAUACGACACUGUCCAGGUCGGAGGCAUCACUGACACCAACCAGAUCUUUGGCCUGAGUGAGACAGAGCCUGGUUCCUUCCUGUACUAUGCCCCCUUCGACGGCAUCCUGGGCCUGGCCUACCCCAGCAUCAGCUCUUCCGGGGCCACACCCGUCUUUGACAACAUGUGGAACCAGGGCCUGGUUUCCCAGGACCUCUUCUCCGUCUUCCUGAGCUCCAAUGACCAGAGUGGCAGUGUGGUGAUGUUCGGUGGCAUUGAUUCUUCUUACUACACUGGAGAGCUGAACUGGAUACCUCUUUCUUCUGAGGGCUACUGGCAGAUCACCGUGGACAGUAUCACCAUGAACGGAGAGCCCAUCGCUUGCAGUCAGGGCUGCCAGGCCAUUGUUGACACCGGCACCUCUCUGCUGUCUGGCCCAACCUCCCCCAUUGCCAACAUUCAGAGCUACAUUGGAGCCAGCGAGGACUCAUAUGGCCAGAUGGUGAUCAGCUGCUCAGCCAUCAACAGCCUGCCCAACAUCGUCUUCACCAUCAACGGCGUCCAGUACCCUGUGCCCCCCAGUGCCUACAUCCUGCAGCAAAACGGGGGCUGCACCAGUGGCUUCCAGGGCAUGAACCUUCCCACUGCCUCCGGAGAGCUGUGGAUCCUGGGUGACGUCUUCAUCCGCCAGUACUUUGCCGUCUUCGACCGGGCAAACAAUCAGGUCGGCCUGGCUCCUGUGGCUUAAGCCUGAGUCUUUGCUGCCACUUCCCAGGGAGACCUGACCUCCAUCCUGUGCCCACUUUAGAUGUAUAUAAUUCUCCUGACUGCUCUUCCUAUAGGACUGGGAGGUGGAUUCUUGGCCCUGUUCCCUGUCAUACCAAUAAUGUAGAAUAAAAACAUAACCCACUGAAAAAA